GGGAGAGGACAACGGGAGGAGGCGGCCCAAGCAACUGCAGCCCCAAGAGAAGCCGAUAAAAGCCAGUCAUGGUGAAUAAAGGAGAGUUCUGGUUUCUGUGCAUGUGAAUGGGGGAAGGGAGUCUUUAUUUGCAGACAGCUUCAUUUAACCUGGUGUCUUGUCUUGUGUGUGCAUUGCAGGCAAAAUUCCUCUCCCAGGAUCAAAUCAACGAGUUCAAGGAAUGUUUCUCCCUCUACGAUAAGAAGCACAAAGGCAAGAUCAAGGCAAGCGAUCUCAUCACCGUUAUGCGUUGCUUGGGGGCCAGCCCCACUCCAGGCGAAGUCACCAACCACCUUCAGGCCCAUAAAGUGGGCAACAACGCAGAGCUGGAUUUCUCCACUUUCCUGUCCAUAAUGUACAAGCAGAUGCAGCAAGAAGACCCCGAGAACGAAAUCCUGCUCGCCAUGCUGAUGACCGACGAGCAGAAGACCGGGGUCAUCACAGUGGCUGAACUGAAGGCCAAGCUGACCGGCCUCGGAGAGAAGCUGUCCGGGGAAGAGGUGAACAACCUUCUGAAGGAAGCCAAAGUGGGACACAACGGGAUGGUCAAGUAUGAAGACCUGGUCAAGUCCAUCACCCGUCCUGUCGCUGUGGACCACUGAGGGCCAGGACCGGGGCACACCGAGUCCCCCUUCAGUCGCCUUUGCUGUUUGCUUACCUUAAAGAAUAAAUCUUGUGCCUGCCUGUGUA